CUGGCACGCAUCAGGUCCUUGUGACGGCGUAGUAGCAUGAGAUGUCUCGAGCUCACUCGCGUCUGCACUCAUUGGGAUCUUGAACAUGGCUGAGCGGCGGAGUCUUCGAAUCACUACCUGGAAUGUGAACGGGAUCAGGAAUCCAUUUGGCUACCAGCCAUGGCGCCAGGACCGGUCAUUUGCAGCAAUGUUUGAAAUUCUUGAGGCCGAUAUUGUGGUUAUGCAAGAGACGAAGAUACAGCGCAAGGAUCUCCAAGAUGAUAUGGUUCUGGUUCCUGGAUGGGACGUCUUCUUCAGUCUCCCGAAACACAAGAAGGGGUACUCUGGGGUCGCAAUCUACACACGCAAUUCAGUCUGCGCGCCUAUCCGUGCUGAAGAAGGCAUCACCGGUGUCUUGACUCCUCCGAACUCCUCUACCAGCUUUUUCAAUUUGCCUAAGGAUGAACAGAUUGGCGGCUAUCCCGCCCUAAGCCAGCUUUCUGACUGUAGUCUCGAUGCUGCCACUUUGGACUCAGAAGGUCGUUGUGUCAUUCUUGAAUUCCCGGCCUUUGUCCUCAUCGGCGUAUAUUGCCCGGCGAACCGAGAUGAAACAAGAGACGAGUUUCGUAUUGGCUUCUUGAGCGCGUUGGAUGCUCGGGUGCGCAAUUUGACGGCUGCUGGCAAGAGAGUUUUCUUGACUGGGGACAUGAACAUCAUUCGAGAAGAAAUGGAUACUGCAAAGGCCGAAGAGCAGGCUAGAAAACACGGCAUAACACUUGAGGAAUAUAUCUCAACACCUGCUAGGCGACUGUUUAAUCAACUACUCAUCGGUGGCAAGGUCAUUGGAGAACGAGAUGAAGGAAGAGAGGCACCGGUGAUAUGGGACAUCUGCAGAGGUUUCCAUCCAACCCGAAAGGGUAUGUUCACCUGCUGGGAACAGAAAAUCAAUGCUCGCCCGGGGAACUUUGGCUCUCGGAUCGAUUAUGUCCUUUGUAGUAUUGGAUGUAAGGACUGGUUCAGCGAUUCUAAUAUUCAGGAAGGUCUGAUGGGCUCUGAUCAUUGUCCGGUAUACGCUAUCUUCAAGCAAAAGGUUGAGAUUGAAGGAGAGGAGGUUGAUAUCAGAGAUAUCAUGAGCGCUGGAAUGUUCAAGGGUGGUGUCCGGCAGCGCGAGUGGUCUACCAAAGAUCUUCUUCCUAUGUCCGCCAAGCUAAUACCUGAGUUCGAUCGCCGUCGAAGUAUUCGAGACAUGUUUUCGAAGAAACCACCACUACCGAAGGGAGAAAGUUCCUUAGAGAGAAAGAGCGCAAGCCAUGGCCAAGGCGGCCGGCAGUCCGUUGGACGCAACAUAGCUCGUGAAGAUGGAGCAGAGUUUAGGGAGAGUUCACAGACUCCCACAGUGGAAGACGCUUCUGGAGCACAAACUUCUGCAGACAUCGAUUCACAGGUCACUGACAGCUCUGUAAUGACGAAAACCUCUUCGUUCUCUAUGGAUUCCCAGCCAAUAUCGAUGCCCAGUCCCGCAAAGCCAAAAGUAAAGAGAUCAGAUGAGAACUCUCUUAUUGCCAGACCCCAGAAGCGUGGUAAAACCGCUUCGUCCUCAUCAUCUUCCAAGUCUACAUCAACAGCAAGCAAGGGUCAACCGGGAAAGGGGCAGAGUAGUCUCAUGGGAUUUUUCAAGCCGAAGACUCCUCAACUGGACGGUGCGAGUGACAGCCAGUCGACAAUCGAUCACGAGUCUGAUAAUCUUUCGGUCGUAGCCUCUAAUCCUUCAACUCCAGCUCCCUCGAUUUCCGACUCGGUCUCGAUUAAUGAGAAUGACUCUCCUAGCCAGGCUUUCAAUCUUGCAGAUCAGAAGAGUGUUAUUGAUCCUAUAGUCGUUAAGGAGAGCUGGUCUAAGCUCUUAGGAAAACGAAUUGUCCCGAGAUGCGAGCACAACGAGCCCUGCGUGAGCUUCGUCACAAAAAAGCCUGGUGUUAACUGUGGGAGAUCAUUUUACAUGUGUCCACGGCCACUCGGACCUUCGGGUCAGAAGGAAAAGAACACGCAAUGGCGAUGUGGGACUUUCAUAUGGAGCAGCGAUUGGACUGGAGAUUGAAGUGUGAAGAUCAAUAAUCUUGCUUCCAAAACUUGCAACAACUCCAAGGAACAGUUGUUUAUGUCGUGAAGACCAAGCAGCGCGGGGUCAAGCAAGCGUGGUUGACAGGUGAGGUUUACAAAUUCAAGAAGGGGGUUCAGAGAGUGGCUGCUGUAGAAGAUUAUAGAGCUUAAAUAUCAAAAUUCUAAUAUCCCCGAAGAACUCCUUGACAUGCAACCCAGGUAACGCCUCGUUAAUGCAGUUAUCGUGCAACUACUCCAACAGUUCAUCCUUUCCCAAGAAUUUGGCCCUAGGGGUAGUUAGCAUUGCUAGAUUAAGAUUGUUUCGGGAGAGGAGAUUGUCGUAGGAGAAGGGUCUGAAAUAAUCCGUAAUACG